GUCCUCCCAGCGUGACCUUCACUGCUUCGUCAGGGAGACAGGCUCCCCGAGCUGUCACCCUGAACCUGCCCUGCCUCCAAGAGCACUGGCUGCAGUCCCAGCUCCGACAUCCACCUGCCUUCAUGCGGGGUGGUGCUCAGCAUGGCGGGGACUCCAGGGUGCCCCAUCUUCCUCCUCCUCCUCUGCGCUUUUGGGCAGGUGAGCCCCUACAGCACCCACUGGAAGCCCACCUGGCCGGCCUACCGCCUCCCCGUGGUCCUGCCCCAGUCCACCUUCAACUUGGCCAAGCCAGACUUUGGGGCUGAAGCCAAGCUGGAAGUGUCCUCCUCGUGUGGACCCCAGUGUCAUAAGGGAACCCCGCUGCCCACUUACGAAGAAGCCAAGCAGUACCUGUCCUACGAGACCCUGUAUGCCAACGGCAGCCGCACCGAGACGCAGGUGGGCAUCUAUGUCCUCAGAAGCCGCCAGGGGCAGUCUUCCGGGAAGUCUAGGAGGAAGCGUCAGAUUUACGGCUAUGACAGCAGGUUCAGCAUCUUUGGGAAGGAUUUCCUGCUCAACUACCCCUUCUCGACCUCCGUGAAGUUAUCCACGGGCUGCACCGGCACGCUGGUGGCCGAGAAGCACGUGCUCACAGCCGCCCACUGCAUCCACGACGGCAAGACCUACGUGAAAGGAACCCAGAAGCUCCGGGUGGGCUUCCUGAAGCCCAAGUUCAAAGACGGUGGUCGAGGCGCCAACAACUCACGCUCAUCCCUGCCUGAGAAGAUGAAAUUCCAGUGGAUCCGGGUGAAACGCACCCACGUCCCCAAGGGUUGGAUCAAGGGCAACGCCAACGACAUCGGCAUGGAUUAUGACUACGCCCUCCUGGAGCUCAAAAAGCCCCACAAGAGAAAGUUCAUGAAGAUCGGGGUGAGCCCGCCUGCCAAGCAGCUGCCGGGGGGCAGGAUCCACUUCUCGGGUUACGACAACGACCGACCGGGGAACCUGGUGUACCGCUUCUGUGACGUCCAGGAUGAGACCUAUGACCUGCUCUACCAGCAGUGCGAUGCCCAGCCCGGUGCCAGCGGGUCCGGGGUCUACGUGAGGAUGUGGAAGAGACAGCAGCAGAAGUGGGAGCGGAAAAUUAUCGGCAUCUUUUCUGGGCACCAGUGGGUAGAUGUGAAUGGUUCGCCACAGGACUUCAAUGUGGCUGUUAGAAUCACCCCUCUCAAAUAUGCCCAGAUUUGCUAUUGGAUUAAAGGAAACUACGUGGAUUGUAGGGAGGGGUGAUGUGAGCAGGUUCCUUCCUGGCUGCUCUUAAGAGUCUUCAUGUACUUAUUUUAGGAAAAGCCAAAUGUUGUCAUUGGUGUGUGUGUGUGUGAGAGUGUGUGUGCAUGUGAAAUGUGUUAUAAUACCUUUUGCCUAAUUUUUUAAAAUUGCAAGAUGACCGGCAGUGUUAUUUGAAAACUGGUUGGUGUGUCAUUUAUCAUUCAAGCAGUUUGAAGGCAUACUUUUGCAUAGACAUGAAAUACGUGCUGAUGUUUGGGGCAAUAGGGAAGAUUUAAUGGCUAAGUUAAUCUUUCAGCUUUCGAGAACUUUGAUUUUCAUUUCAUCUGAACUUGUUUCCAAAGUUGACAUUAAACACGUGGCACAUGGGAGACAUAAA